AUGUCAUCUUUCCGAUCGCUCCGCCUUUCGUUCAAUAAUAUAUCGAUUCCUCAUUUCUUUCUCUCCCGUCCCUCGUUUUCUAUCCUAAUCAUUAUCAUCAUUUUAAUCUCUCUUCCGGGCACACUGUCUCAAUCAACACCCUAUUUUGACCCAUCAAUACCCUCCUGCGUAGCAUGCCAAAAAGACUAUUCAACGUUUGAUUCAUGCAUCCGCUCUUCGGCGAUACUUCAGAACUUUUGGAACGCUAUAUUCGAUCCUGCUGGAUUUUUCAACGCUUUCAAAUGUGCAUGCGGCGAUACAUUUCUCAAGGUGUAUCCAUUAUGUCUUUAUUGUUUUCAGCAGACUGGACAGACGAAUACCUUAUUGAACACUUCUGUGCCACCAACUGUGGAACAGAUUAGAGCAACAUGCCAAGCAGGUAGUGCUCUUGCCGGGAAUGCCUCUGGAUAUGAUCAAACAGCGACGUCUGGGCCCAAACCAACUGGUAGUGCUUAUGGCGGGGCUGAGAGGCUUGCUGUGGCGAGAUGGGGUAGCCAGAUUUGGUUUAUGGUGAUUAUGGGGAUUGCUGCUUUGAUCAGUGCUAUGUAA